AUGACUCUGGAUAGCCGAGGAUGCUAUAAACAGUAUUUUUAUCAUCUAACUUCCCGGUAAAUAAUGUUCAGAGGAAUUUUAUGCGACGGUAAUGAUGGCAACAUCAGAAGAAAACGUCCUCUAAAGACAUCGGCAGUUUUAGUGUAAGACACUUUUUCUCCGGACGAUUUUAUCGAUGCCACGACUAAUUGGUAAACAAAGCUGAAGGGAGAUUUACGCGAAUCUAGGAUGACAAAGGAUGCUGCUUUCACCAUUCUUCCUUCGUACAACAACAUAUCAACCACUAGAGUUCCGCCCGACCAGAUCAAGACUGAUAUCUGCCAAAGGAUUCUAUAUGAGAACGUCAACGGCAGUCACAUCAGGAUUCUUGAUGUAAUCCUCCUGAUUCCAAACAUUCUGUUUCUGAUGUUCCUUAUGUACAGACUUGGAGUAGCUCAUGUACAGCUUAGCAAAAUAAGAUGUCCAAUUGUGAAGACUGUUUAUUUUAUGGUAUUCUUUGUCUGUAUCAUUGGAACAGCAAGAUGCUUUGUCUCGAUGCUUCUGACGUCAAUCUUGAAAUUACAUCACAAGGAUUCUCUGCCAACAAAGAUUUUGUGGAUUAUACUGAGAUGCUUUUUGUUAGCAGUUGAAGUGAGUGUCAUAAUAUUUGCGGUCUGGGCAGGGAACAUGCAAGAUGGACGCAAAGGUGUAAGGAGAGUUCUGGGUCUGUCACUAUUUUGUGCAGUUGCAUAUUCAUCAACUCAGGCCACCCUUGAGUUUGUCAAAUGCCCAGGAAUAAAUGGCCGAAUUUUUGGAAGUGAAAAGUAUGAUUUCUAUGGACAUGGUGGAUUGUUGUUUUUGUCGUCUACUUCUCUCUUUUUAGCUUUGGUAUAUCUUACUAUACUCAUUUUGCCGUGCACCAAGCUAAGAGAGUGGUUUGUUUUACCUGGGCGGAAAUCUUUCUACUUGUAUUGUGCUGUGAUGUGUGUCGUGAACCUAAUGCAAGGUUCUGCAAGUCUACUGAUGUACGAAGGUUUUGUGCAAAGUUUAUGCGUUUUAGACUUCACUUUGAUUAUGUAUUAUGCCGUGUUUGGUCCCAUUGUGUACUUUGCAUUUCUGAAAGAUUUCUUUCGAAGUGCGUAUACGCAUGUAUUGACAGUGGAUAAUGAGUACGCCAGCUACUCAUACUCCUAUCUGCCAACAGAAGAUGUCGGAGACGGUUACGUUUCUUCUGACUUUGAUUAAAUAGUGACGCAUGUGAGACGGAGACAACACAGCGGUCGGACGUCGUGCAUGCGCGAGAGAUCAAUUCUGACCGGCCGUGAGCAACACAGCGGUCAAACGUUUUGCUUUUGCUAGGAAUCAAUUCUGUAGGUCAAACGUAGUGCAUGCGCCAAAGGAGGAAUCAAUUCCGGCUGGCUAUGCGCCAUUUUCCCGCGCUAAAUUUUAGAGGAAAACAUGGGAAACAACUACUGUCUUACAAAAUAAGCGAAACAAAAUUAAAAUGUUCAUAAAAGAAAAAAAAUUAUGGGAAAGGAAAACUCGAGAAUUUUCGAAGACAAAUCUUAUUUUCGCACGGGUUUUACCAGAAACUUAGAUGCUUUUUAUCAUACCGUGACUUAUUGGCUUGUGUGGUUUUUUGUAAUUCUUUUGAGACAGCCUGAAAACGCCACCAAUUAUGCAACCUAGUUUUUAGAGCGUUCGCGCAUAUGCAGACGUUUCACCGCUGCGCUGACGGAGACUCUUACUUACAGUGUGUGGCAAAAGUCCUGACACGCUGUUCCAUUUUUUUAAUUUUUCUCUACAACUUUCAUUGACCUCCCCCACUCUCCCAUUUAAAUGUUCCCUGACGAGUUGGGAAGAGGUUUGCUGGGGGCCUGGCUGGCUUAUCAGUGCCAGGCCCCUCGCAGACCUCCUGCUGGCUUUCGUUUUAGGAUAAUGAUUUUGACAUAGAAUUUCUUAUUAACUUUAAGAUAUUAUGAGUACGUUAGGAUGUUGUAUAGAUAUUUAAUUCAGAUUUUUAAUUUUUUUUAACUUUAUCGUAAUCAGAUUAGAUUUUUUCUUAUUGCACAGUUCAUUGUACAGAUAAUAGCUGUAUACAACGGCUCCUACAUUGGUAAGUCUCAAAAAUGUCGGGUAGUUUGUCUCACAAUGUCACGCAAUCUUAAGAAGGUUGAUCACGGUAAAACGCUUGUCGCACUCAGUCACGCAAUCUUAGGGAAAAUCACCACACCAGCUUACCUAAUGCAAGAGGAGACUGUCACAUUAGGUCACAUUGAAGGGAAGAUUUGCAUUGGAUCCCUAGUUACAAUAGAAGUUUUAAUUUCAACGAGAUACUAUCGUGGCGUUGAUGAAAAUAUGUUGUGGCAGAUUAACACAAAUGGGCAAAACUGAGGCGUACACGGUUUCAUUUUAUUCUAAAAACAGUCAAAUAAUAAGUGGUUACGCUAAACAAUGGACUUUAAGAGAAACCUUUUAACACUUAUGCUUGCAAUUUUGCAGACCUGAGAGGAACUUCCACACUACAAAUUCUUACAUCUGAGUCAGUAGCAAUAAAUUAAUUCAUUAGAAGUAUAACAAAAUUCUUGAACGCGAUUGGUUAUCACCAGCCAGAUUUGAGCACUAAUAGGACAGUGUACGCAUCAUGCCUGUAAUUGGACAGUGCAAUAGGAUAGUUUAAGGAACAGUUAACAUAUUAUGCCUGUGUAAGUGAUAAGUGGACAGAACUCGUCAUGUGCGCGCGCUGCUGUCUUGCAUUUCUUCGAGUUAAUUGUUGUUUUUUUUUAAUGAGAACGCAUGACCGAUGUCUAGCUUCUUUCUCAAAUUAUGUCAUAGUUUUAAUUAAUCGGUAACAGGACUUCCUAUCCUCCAAUUCUGUCCGUGAUUGACAAAUCGGACUCCCGCUUCGUGAUCGUCCAAUUUCGUUUAUCACUCGUAUGAUUACAGACCGAAUUGGACUUUCUCUCGGUCAUGUUACCGUUACUAAUUAUUUAUUCAAUAAAAAUACAGAAUAAGGGCCGUUCAUUAUUCGCCGCGGGGGGGGGGCAGUCAAUUUUCUGUAGCCUCCCCGCCUCUCUUUAUACUCUGUUGGCAACAAACGUUCCUCCCUCCUCUCGUAGAACUUUUAUUCUCAACUUUUGUCACAGUUUGAUAAAAUAUCUUAAAAUUUAGAAGAUGUGAAUUUUCUGUAAAUAAAACUAUCACAGUUGAUAUUAAA